AUGAAUCCCAUACUAGCAGCAUGCAUUCACACACACACCCGUUCAUACCUCCACUUGGACACACCCUUUCAUAGCUUCGCUUACACACACCCUGUACUACCUUCAAUUACACACACAAAUACACACAGGCACACCCACUAUCCGCCCCAGUCUCAUAUUCAGGCCUUGGAGCCAGAGGAGUUGGCUGCCUCGUCCGGAUUUAGGGUCCAUGCCCAACUUGGUCGAUCAGUGCGAGACAAAGGUACAGACGAGACGGAAUGUCGGUUGACGCCGGACCUUGGGAGUUGGGCGUUGGGCGCUAGGCAAUGGAAGUUGGGCGUUGCUGGCAUUGAUUGGCCGAUUGACAAUCUGGCUCAAACUCCAUUUCCCAUCGGCCUCUCCUACUCAAUUAUGUUUCCUUGUAUGCUAUCUUAUUUCAUCUCGUCUCCACGACACGUAAGCCUCAAGAAGUCUACAUUUUGGCUUUGUUUUUGUGCUUCGACUCUGAUCACUUGA